AUGUGGUACGGGAUACAGUCACUAUACGUCCUGUUGGUGUUGGCGGGUGCGGUAUCUGGAUCGAGUGCACCUCCUCGACCGCUGAAACGACUUGCGCAUCCCUCGACACUUGCUCUUGAGAUUCUUCCGCGCACACCAGUCGCCCACGGAACACUCUUCACUCGCUCGCUCGAAUCCCCUACAUUGCGACAUACAGACUCAUUGCGAUUGACGCUCGCCGCCUUUGGCCGCAAACACCGCCUCCAUCUCCGACCCAAUCACCAUCUGAUCCACCCUGCUGCCCGAGUCAACUACUAUGCAUCUGAUGGCUCUAUCUCUCGCACCGAGCCACUACUGAGGUCUUCUGUGUUGGUCUAUGAGGGAGAGGUCAUCGACGAAGCGUACUCGGCACAUCGACUUCGGGAAGACGCUGCCGGCGGAGUGUCACGGCCAUGGGAUGAGCCCCCGGUGGGUGAACUGGGAUGGGCUAGGAUCAUGGUCCACUCGCAGGGAAACCCCGAACAGGGCAUUGCUCCCGUCUACGAAGGCGCUUUCUCCGUCCUCGGCGAGACAUACCACAUCCUCACCCGCGACAACUACAUCCGCACCCGCGGGCCCCUCGACUUGCACCCCGACCGCCUCGCUGCCGUAAACGAGCUCGACGGAGGCUUGGUCAUCUUUCGAGACUCCGAUGUCGAACGGCCCCCCCUUACGGAAUCUUCAACGUGUUCCCAUGACGGGCUUGGCUUCAACACCGAGGACGAUCAUCCCGUUCUCCAGACGGGCAAGCAGCUCCCUCCCUCCCUCGACCACACUUCCCCAUGGUAUGAUCCCUUUGGCUUCCUCGAGCCUGUCCCAAAGAUGGGUAUGCUCUCCAAGCGAGACGACGUCGCGGGGUCCAAUUCCACGUCAAAUUUUGUCGACCAGAUCGGCAAUACUGCUGGGUGCUCCAAGACCCAAAAGCUCGUCUACAUGGGUGUCGCUGCCGAUUGCGAAUAUACAACCCAGGCCGGAGGUUCUCAAGCUGCUACCACUCGCAUCCUGAACAAUUGGAAUACUGCCAGUUCCCUCUACAAGACUACAUUUAAUAUGUCGCUCGGCAUAGUCGAACUCGCCAUCCAAGAUUCCACCUGCCCGACCGGCUCGGCCAACCCAGCAUGGAACGUCCAAUGCACGAGCAGCGUAACCCUCAACGACCGCCUGUCUCUCUUCUCAGCCUGGCGUGGUGAGCGCGGCGGCGCUUCCGGUUCCGGCGCAGGCAACUCGGCCGGGCUGUGGCAUCUCAUGUCCGGCUGCCCGACCGGUACCGAAGUCGGCGUCGCGUGGUUGGGCCAGGUGUGCAAUACGCGGUCGAGCGGUAGCCAGGGGAACGUCGUGAGUGGGACGGCUGUGAGUACUGCCGGGCGCACCGAGUGGCAGGUUGUUGCGCAUGAGAUUGGGCAUAAUUUUGGUGCGAUUCAUGAUUGUACUACUGGAUGCACCGGGACUUCUGCUUGUUGUCCUCGUUCGAGCACUACAUGCGACUCGGGCUCGCAGUUUAUCAUGAGCCCCGUGUCAAGUUCGGGAGAGGUAGCAUUCAGCCCCUGUUCCAUUGGAAACAUUUGCUCGGUUCUCGCUGGUUCGGUCGACUCGUCGUGUCUCCAAGAGGCGGACACAGCUGCCCAGACCAUCUCUCUCCAGAUGUGCGGAAACGGAAUCGUCGAAGCAGGCGAAGACUGUGACCCAGGCGUAGGCACAAACUCGACCUGCUGCGACAGCACGACCUGCAAAUUCCGGCCCAGCGCCGUGUGCGACCCCAGCUCGAGCUCGUGCUGCACCGACUCUUGCCAAUUCGCGCCCUCGACCCAGGUGUGCCGCCCGUCCCGGGACGCGACGUGCGACAAGGCCGAGAUGUGCUCGGGCUCGUCGGCGAGCUGUCCGUCGGACCAGGUCACCGAGAACGGAACUUCGUGCGGGAGCGGGAGUUUGGCGUGUGCGAAUGGGAUAUGCACGUCUCCUGACUUGCAAUGUCAGACUGCGGGCGUGUCGUUGAACUUGACUCGGGCGUGUCCUUCUAGGAACGAUAGGAGUUGCCAAGUCUCGUGUCAGGAUCCGCGAGCAUUUAACCAGUGUGUGGUCCUCCAGACCAACUUGGUCGAUGGGUCUCCAUGCGGAUACGGCGGAACAUGCAACAACGGAAGCUGCCAAUCCGGCUCGGCGCUCGACACGGCCAAAGCAUGGUACACGUCCAACCUCCAAAUCUCGAUCCCCGUCACUGUCGUCGUCGGCAUCAUCGUCUUGCUCAUUCUCUGGGGAUGCUUGCGCUGGGUCCCUCCUGCGACUGGGAAUCCCGCUGGGUGGAAUUCGGGUGCUGGGUGGAACAGAGGGGCUGCUGGCACCACCUUCAACGCACCAGCCGAAUCAACGGCCGAGUUCAGGAGACGGCCACGCACGGUUGACCAGGGCCCGAUCAAACUGGGUCGACGAUCAGAUGUACAAUGGUCCAAACUAUCGUAG